AUGACUAUUACACGAAGACAGACCUCCAACAUCACCGUCUUCAAACGGACAGCUCCCGAGGCCGUAACCUAUGACUUGUCGAAAAGUGAUAGUGUGACGAUCACCGUACCUGUUGCUUCUACUUGGACUUCUGGCCCACAUUGGCACGAGACUCACGCAGAGUUUCUCCAGAUCCUGCAAGGACGCGCACUUGUCAAACUUGGGGAUCGAUCCGGGGUCUAUGGAGCUGGGGAUGGCGUCAUUGAAGUACCGAUAUAUACAGUCCAUGAAUGGCGCCGGAUUGCAGGAGAUGACGACCAAGGAGACCUGAUGGUUCGAGAAUGGACAAUACCUGAAGAUGGUGAAAAGGAAGGGUUUUUCCGGAUGCUGACCUCGUUCCUGACCGAACCUCACCCCAGCUCAUUAUACCAAGCGCCCAGCAUGACUCCUAAAUGGGUCAGGACGCAGAUUGAGCACUGGAUUGUGGUGUUGCAGUUGUUCUGCAUCUUUCAUUCCUGGGACAACUGGCCAGUAUUGGUAGGAGAGGAUAGCGGAUGGGUCAGUUGGGCGGUGACACACUUGGUGUUGACAUUCUCAUCGGCGAUUGGAUUUGUGCUUGGAUUGCGAGGGACAUAUGGUGCAUACGUCAGUGACGAGCUGAUGUCUAAAGCCACUCGAGAGAAUGGUGCAAGAAAAGCAAGAUGA